GCAAAAAAAAAUUUUCCGUCUAAAAGUUUUACUGUGUAGGUUUCUCAAUAUGAGCUAUCGAAUAAACAUAGUUAGAGUUGGAUUUGAAAUUUGACCAUGUUAUGUUCCUAGGGAAAAUGCUCGGUGGGCUCACGGAGGCUCUCUUAAGCAGUCUAGGUAAGAUAACAUUGGUGGCUCGCACUCUUGAUGAGGUAUUUUCACAGAAUGCUGAAUUACUAAAUAUCAAGAUAUAUUAUGAUAAAGAUUCAGAUUAGUGGAAACUUUACUUGCUCUUUCAUAUGCUUCUGUAGUUUGGGCUGUUUGGACUUGCAAUAAAAAAAUAAACAGUAGUAAUCUUCUUCUUCUCAAGAUAUUGAGAGUGUAGUCCAUAUAAGCAACAAAAGGAUUUCACGCAUUCUAUGAAAUUAAAUCAUAUAUAUACUUGCACGGUUUAGAGUUUUAACGAUAAAAUUGAAAAUACUGGCGGCAUCUCUAGAAAAAAGGAAAACAGAUUGAUUGAACUAGAUGGUCUUCUACUCAACGCUGAACGUUUGGAACAUAGACGAAUCCGACGUUAUUCUUCUAUUACGUAUCAAGGAACAACAAUGGCAUUUUGUGAAGAAUCGUAUUGUUCGGAAAAUGCCUCAAUAUCUCUAUAUUGUAGCUAGCAUUUUGUCAUAAAAUUUUAAGUGCAAAAGCCUACAACGCAAAAAAACCAGCGGGAUCAAAAAAAAAGCCCUUUUGCAUUCCUCUCUUUCACAGGAAAUUUUAAAUCACUUACAUUUAUUUAUAUUUUCUUAUAGGAUACGGGUGGCCUCGCUGAUAUAAUGGCUAAACUUUGUUGGAAGCUAUCCCUACAAGAUGAGCUAGUACAGUUUCGAAAAAAAGCAGCUUUUCAAGAAUGCCAUGAAGAGCUGAAAGAACUAAGCCCGUAUAAUGAAGACUCAGCCGAUGAACUCAUACGUGUGCUAAUCGACAUGCAAUCCAUCAUUGUGGUAUUUGAUGCUAUCGAGCACGGUGAACAUCUGCAAGAAGCUAUAGCCAAUGCGAUGCUGAAGGGUAUUAAGUAUAAAAUAAACAAAUGGGAGCAAUUCUUUCGUCCGGACACUAGAGCAGCAAAACUGGCAUGGUGUUUGAUUUGGAAUAAAGAAGAUUACGCUCGUAAACUAUUAGCCGAUCGUAAGUACAAGAUUGAAAUGUCAUCAAACAAUGGUAAACCAAUCAGUAAUGUGAACUUAGAAGAAACGGACAAAGAACUCAAGCCUGAAUUUUGGAAUCCAAUAGAAAGUAAAGAAUGGGUUAGUGGUAUUGAUGAUUUAUUCACGAAACACAAAACCGAAGCGCUCUUUCUUUGGUUUGUAUUCAUGAAUCAACCAGAUAUGGCCAAAUACUUAUGUUCUCGAAGUCAAGUAAGAUAA